CUCUCGCGGACUGCGGAGCCGGCAACGUCGCAAAGGCCACGCGGGUCUCCUCUGCCAAGACAAGCUACUGCUCCAACAAGACAUUGGCGAACGGAGUGUUGGCCUCAACGUUCGUCACGUGCAACUCGGUCCGCUACCUGAUGUGGGAGUACAACAACCCCGGGUGCCCCGAUGCCGACUUUGCGGCUGUCUCGUCCUACGCGAACAACCAGUGCCUGGCCGCGUCUUCCACCACUGACGACUCGCUCAUCAAUCGUUGCUUGAUUCCCGGCGGUGUUACCCCACCCGAUUCUCCGUCUUCGCCUUUCAGCGCUGCCAUUGCGGUGCGCCCGUCCCUCGCGGCUCUGGUCUCCCUGAUGAGGGUACAUGUGGCUGCUGCUUCCCUCAAUCUAAUGUAACCGGCCCAGCACGGGUCUAGAGAGGGACAUAUAGAGGCUAAGGCAACCACCGGCAACCACUGGGUGAUUGGAGCGACGCUGGAAAAACCAUGCGCUUUCAGGAGUCAUCAAAGACCAAAGGAUUCCGCACACUCUUUGCAAGAAACAACAUUCCAUGUUACCUGCUAGAUGAGUAUCGAACGUCCUCCGUGUGCCCAGACUGCCACGGCCGUGUGAAGAAAAACAUCCGACGCCGGCUGUCAUCUCGGCCGUGGCAAGCUAGAAAGGGAAGAAUGGAAUUCGUCCAUGGAUUGGUGGGUUGCCCCAACCCCGAAUGCAUCAACCAAGACUGGACGCCAUUUGAGAUUCCUGGAAGACAACCACUACGACUACAGAUGAAAGUGCACAAUCGGGACGUCCUCAGCAUCAAGAAUUUCCUCUCGAUUGUGCGCUCGGUGGUGUUUGGCGAUGGCCGCAGACCAGACGCAUUCUCCCGUAACCGGUAG